AUGGCGCCCUCCAUCCCCUCCGCUAAGCUGACUCUUUCUUGUCCUCUCUUCGCCGCUGAUUUCGACCCGCGCAACCCUGGGUUUUUGCUCGUUGCCGGUGGAGGAGGGGAGGGUCGCAGUGGGGUCCUUCUCGAUUCCUCCAAACGCCAAACGCUCACUCCGGUCGUGGAUAUAGACUUGUCGCGCGAUGAAGAUUCGGUAACCUCGCUGGCAGCCGCGCUGCCAACGGAGGACUCGGUCAUUGCCUUGGCUGGCAUCAACAGUUCCGUUGAAGAACAGAAGCGAGACAACAACCAACAUCUACGGUCCUUCCGCAUCGAUUAUCCUCCACGCAAAGCCUACUCUAGAGCCGAUCAGGUCGUUGAGUCGUCAGAAGACGGCUCGUCUGCGACACCGACUCUUGGGAAAACUACUCCCUUGUCCCGCGCGUCGCUCUUCCGCACAGCCAAGGACUCAAAAUCAUCCGACACCUAUCAACGCCUUCUGCGCCUCUCCCCGUGGAAGUCCGGUGCGCAAUCCCCUCGAGUAGCUGCCAUCGCAACCGGUCUGGCGGCGACUGGCGAGAUCGUCUUCUUUAGCGCGACCACUACCCCUGGGCAAUCGGAGGUUAUCGGUCGAAUUCGGCUAGGCAGCGAUGAGGAGGCUGAGGACAUCGAUAUCAUUGAACUGGACGACGAGACGGGCACCUUCCGCUUUGCCUACAGCAAUGGUGUCGAUGUUUUCGUAGGCCAAGUUACUGCUGACACUCGCUCAAAUGCUGCGCCGGACGUGCAGUGUAUUUAUACGACACCGGUCCCGGAGAAGGGGCCGCGGACUAGGCCGAAGUUCCGGGCGUUGCGCUUCCUCUCGCCAACCGGUCUACUCCUUCUGCAGAACUCUCCCGAUCGUAAGGGCUGUGAGCUGAUGAUCCUCGACCUCCGAGGUGCUUUGGUUCCCAAUUUAGGGGAGAAGAAACCGCAACAGCAGCAGCAGAUGACCACUGGGAAAGCAAGCAUCAUCCGGCGUAAAAAGCUUCGCAAGACCAUCAAAAUCGGUCUUGGUUUGGAUAUCUGCCUUCUAGGCUCUGGGAGCGAUGAUCUCGUUAAACAGCAGCAGCAGGCCAUCAUCGCAGUCUCUGGCAGUGACCAGUCCAUCGAGCUUCUGACCCUCGAAUUCAAUCCGCUCAACGGCCGGGGCGGCUACGGCCCUCUCCGUCACUAUACUACUCUCCCCGACGUGCACCCUUUUUCCAUGACCAAGCUUUGCUUUGCUCCCUUCCAUUCACCCCAGCACCCUGUCUCGGCCGCGACUCCUCCGCAAUACGUUCGAUUGGCCUCGGUCAGUAUGGGCAAUACAGUCGUCGUCCAUACUCUCCCACUGUCCCCCUGCCCCCCCGCUAGCCGCAAUCCUCGCUACGUCUUGUCUAUGCCCGGGGAAUCGGAGAUCUGGACCCAUUUCUCCAGCGGGUUUGCCGCCCUCCUCUCCAUCCUCAUCGUCUGCUUCGUCCUGCAGGCGUUCACCGAGAUUCGGGGAGCAAUGCCUCCCUACCUCGGCGCUACCGAAUGGCUACCCCCGCAUAUCCGCGACGCUGUAGCUCGACCAUAUUACCCUCCUCCUCCUCCUUCUUCCCCACUUCCUCCCUCCCCACUCCCUCCCGCUGACCUCUCAACCUCAUCCCCGGAAUCGGGUACGGUAGUCAGAGCCUCCAACAACCGCCCCAUCUCAUGUGCAUCAUUGACCCCCUCCCCCAUCCCUGUCCUCACAUCGGGCAAACCGUCGUUCAUCACCUGCGACUCAGCUACGAAUCGUCUACUCGUAGAAUCCACCCCAGCAGAUGCCCUUUCAUCCUACCGCCGUUGGCGAGACGUCCAAGAGACCGACCGCGCUCGGUGGAUUCAGGGGCUUACAGAAGCAUGCUACGGUCCGGUUUCCGAGUCGGAUCUGGAGUCCGAGUCCGAGUCCGCGUCGGAUGACGACUCCGUUCCGACCGGUGUGUUCUUCGGGGAUCUGUGUCCUACCAAACCUUUCGAAGACCUGCCUUGA